AUUUGUAAUUACAAUACUUUUUAGUUACUUUUUUUUUUUUCUCUAAACCUCUAUAAGGCAAUAAACUAGCCUAGAUCUUUUUUUGUUUAAGAUAAAGAAUGGCCUUGGACACACACAGGGAUGAGCAGGCAGACAGAGGAUCACAAUCCGAUAUAUUCUGGGAUGGGAAUACACAUUUUAAAUUGUAGGCUUGUAGUAAAAAGUAAUAGAUUACUUUUUCAAAAAAUGAGGGGAAACUAGUAUGUAAUCUAUAGCACUUUUGAAAAGUAGUGCUGCUGAUGUGAUCCACCGUGAUAACAGUGUUGACUCUGACGCAGCAGUGACGGGCUGAGUUACAAACUCCUCCGGUCUUCGGUUUCAUUGAGCUCCCGGCAGCCAAUGAGCGUGAGGGGCGGACAGUGAGCGGUAGGGGAGUUGUCCGCCUCUGUCAGAUCCCAUUGGGUCCGUCUUGACAAAAAAGAGGGGGCAAGCACGCUUCUUCUCCUCCUCCACGUUGAACAGCCCCCCCUUUUCUCAACUUUUCUAUUCACACGGCCCAGAAAUAGAAAAGGGUUUGGCAGAAAGAGCGCAUCUGGUUGUGAGUGGGGUGAGGACACAUCAGCAAGAAGAAGAAGAAAAAAAAAAAAAGUCUGUGAAGAGUUUUCAGUCAGGUUUCCGAGUCGGUGGAAAUCGUGAACUUCCGCUUGCUCAGCAUCUGCAGCGUCUCGAAGCUAAAGAGGAUACCGCAGAGAUAAAGCUAACCCUGCUCGGCUGCACACCAAGCCGGCGCUGGUAAAUAUUACAAAGUUUAGACCAGAGUCCAUUUUACAACGAAGUAGCCAAGCCAACUCUAGGGUUUUGAACUAACCAGUCGGCCAGCAAGGUAGCUUUGACAAUUACUUCUUAAACGUCACAUUCUUGAGGGAAUGGCAUUGGACUUCGCUGCGGGCUGUAUUGGAGGUGCUGCUGGUGUUUUGGUGGGACAUCCAUUUGACACUGUGAAGGUGAGGCUUCAAGUUCAAAAUGUCGACAAACCUCUGUACCGCGGGACACUUCACUGCUUCCAGUCAAUCAUUCGGCAGGAGUCGAUGCUCGGUCUCUACAAAGGCAUUGGCUCUCCGAUGUUGGGCCUGACCUUCAUCAAUGCCAUAGUUUUUGGUGUCCAGGGUAAUGCCAUGCGCAAACUUGGUAGGGACACGCCUCUGAACCAGUUCCUGGCUGGAGCCUCUGCUGGAGCCAUCCAGUGUGUCAUUUGCUGCCCAAUGGAACUGGCCAAGACAAGAAUGCAGCUGCAAGGAACCGGAGAGAAGAAGUCUAAGAGGAAGGUGUAUAAGAACUCUGUGGACUGUCUGGUGAGAAUCUACAACAAGGAGGGAAUCCGAGGUAUCAACCGCGGCAUGGUAACCACCCUGGUGCGCGAGACGCCUGGUUUUGGUGUGUACUUUCUCACUUACGACACAUUGACACGCUCCCUUGGCUGUGAGCCAGAAGACCCGUACAUGAUCCCUAAGCUGCUGUUUGCUGGUGGAAUGUCUGGCAUUGCUUCCUGGAUCUCCACCUAUCCUGUGGAUGUGAUCAAAUCGCGUCUCCAGGCGGAUGGGGUUGGUGGCGUCAACCAGUACAGUGGCAUUAUGGACUGUGUCAGACAGAGCGUAAAGAAGGAGGGGUGGAGGGUGUUCACGCGUGGGCUCACGUCCACUCUGCUCCGUGCAUUUCCAGUGAAUGCUACCACAUUUGCCACUGUGACUCUAUUUUUAAUGUAUAUGCGUGAUGGAGAAGAGUGUAGCAUCCAGAACUCGGAGCCACAGCCUGUGCAGCUGCAGCCGCUGCAGCCACAGGCGCAGUCGACCAGCAUGCAAGCUGUUGUGCAGCAGUGAGCUACACCUACAUCUAUAAUGCUUCAUGCUGGUCUUUAAUCUGGUGUUCAUAAUGAGAAAGGUGAAGUGAUCCUUCAGUGACCACAUGUAGUAUUUAAAUAAUAUAUAUUUUAAGAUGAAAGCUGCACUUGUACAUAGGGUCCGUUUUUAAAAAGGUUUUGUACAAAUAUCUUUUUAGUUUUAACUACUUGAGGAAGCUUUACGGUUACAAGAGUUACUGUAACAUACUGUACAGUGACAGUUACAAAUAUUAUUAGCAUUUAUGGUCAAAAACACAGGUCACAGUGAAACAUGUUUGGAAUUUGUGUUUGCGACCAGUCCCCACUGCUCGACGUGUCUAGAGAAUAUAGUGACAGUUACCAAACAAAGUCCUAAAUGUUUGGAAUACUUUAGAACAGUAAUGCAUUUAUGCUGCUCUUAUUUGCGAAGAUUCAUCAGUGAACUGAAUGCGGUUAACCAAUCCAUACUUUCUCCAUGGUGUCCAGGCCAAUACAAAGAAGGCCUUGUAUGUGUAAAUGUAUGUGUACAUGCUUCUUCUGCGUGUAGGUUUAUGUACAUGUUAUUGUAUUCUUAUUCAGCAGUUACAAUUGUGUAUGCAGUUUAACUAUUUUACAAUGCUGUCUGAGGUUUUAAUUAUGUGUGAGUUUGUAAUUCAUUUCUUUGUCUACUUAAAUAAUCUGCUUUGGAUUCUGAAGUUUACAAUCUAAUAUUACAGGCUUCAGUCCAUUGUUGUAUGACACAAAAACGGUUUAGAUACAAAAAUCAUCACAUCUUAUUUCUUUAAAAUGUUUAAUUGCAGGUCCUAAAACCAAAUCUGAUUCAGUUUUGAAUCUUAGUUUUGGUCACUGUAUAGUUUCAAAAGAAGGCACCUUAAACUAUGAUAUUAAGUAUAUGUGUGGUCCAAAAGAUUUUUAAAAUCAGAUUUUAUAUUUUGUAUUUCCGACUAAUACAAAAUUUUUACAGAGUCGAGCAAAGCUGAUGGUUUUAUAAAAGUCAAAACACCCUAAAACAACAGAUUUCGGUGAAGUUAGAGCAAGAUAGAUAGAGCAAAUGUGUUUUGUCAGUGGUUCUGUUGUCUUCAAUCCUCUAAAGCUGACCUCUUUUUAAGCCUUUGGACAAACAGAAUCUGGUUAGCACCCACUCUGUUUCCCUCUCAACAUUAACCACUGACAGUCAGUAUGAGACGACACAGUUUCACUCUGACUUCUGCACUUUACCCAGUUAACGGCUGAUCAAGUUAACAUGGCUCACAUUUUGCAGGUUUAAAGGGAAACUAUAACUUGAACUGCACCAAAAAAACUGCAGGUGAAACCUGUAUCAAACAAGCUUGACCUAUCGCUUUCCGUCAAAUAUAAACGGCACACAUCUUCACAUCCACACCUGCAGUCCUGAACGGAUGCUGCUGUUACUUUUCUUAUCACUGAGUGGCCGAUUGGGACUGCACAGUCCAAAGUGCAGUCUGAUGCAGCUUUGGUGUUGCCCAAAGACAAAAUGAUGUAAAUACUGUGAAUUUGGUGGCUUUUGAUUUCAUGUCAUCCUUUUAUAGUUGUAUGAAAUCUCCCCAAGCUUUAGAUGAACCUUAAUGACAGUGCUGAAUUUUCCUGUUUCAAGACUUAUGUUCUCUAUUUUGUAUUUGUCUAACUGUACCAGUGGGUGAUAUAUAUCUUAGUCAAAGGGCUGCUUCAACUGUUGGUUUAUGUUCCAUUCUUGUUUGUGUAUAUAUUGCACCAAAGUAGCAUGCACACUGUGUACUUCUUUGAGAGAAUUGUAAAAUAAAUGCCACAUUUCUUUCUCA